CCGUCUGCGUUCCGGUGUAUUUUGUCCGCUGGCUGCCUCCGUCUCAGCUACUACUCAGUUCCAAGGCUGAGGGUUUGUGUUUCGGGGGAGCCGGCUGGUGUGGCCGGCGGGAUGGACUCCCCUUUUAGUCCGGUGCUUCCUCACGGACCUGAUGAAGACUGGGAGUCUAUGCUGUUUGCUGAACUUGGUUACUUCACAGACACUGAUGAGGUGCAAUUCAGUGCAGCAAAUGAGACUUCUGAAAAUCAUUUCGAUCAUCUUAAUUUUGAUUUGGACUUGAUGCCUUGGGAGUCAGACAUUUGGAGUACCGGCAGUCAGUGCUGUACAGUUAAAGAUAUUAAGGCAGAACCUCAGCCACUUUCUCCAGCUUCCUCAAGUUGUUCAGUCUCAUCUCCUCAGUCAGUAGACUCUUGUUCUUCAACUCAGCAUGUUCCUGAGGAGUUGGAUUUGUCUUCUAGCUCCCAGUCUCCCCUUUCCUUAUAUAGUGAAAGCUGUAAUGGACCAUCCUCGGUAGAGUCACUGAAGGAAGACAAGCCCAUCACAGGUCCUGGAAGCAAAACUGAAAAUGGAGUGACUCCAAAGAAGAAAAUUCAGAUGAGUUCAAAACCUUCAGUUCAGCUCAAGCCUUUAUUACUUCCAGCAGCACCCAAGACUCAAACAAAUGCCAGUGUUCCAGCAAAAACCAUUAUCAUUCAGACACUACCAGCACUUAUGCCUCUGACAAAGCAGCAACCAAUUUUCAGUAUACAGCCUGCACCCACUAAAGGUCAGACAGUUUUGCUCUCUCAGCCUACUAUGGUACAACUUCAGGCCCCUGGAGUUUUGCCUUCUGCUCAGCCUGUUCUUGCUGUUACUGGAGGAACCACACAACUACCUAAUCAUGUGGUGAAUGUGGUGCCAGCCCCUGUGGUGAACAGCCCAGUCAAUGGAAAACUUUCUGUGACUAAACCUGUCCUGCAAAGUACCACAAGAAGUGUGAGUUCAGAUAUUGCCGUGCUAAGGAGACAGCAACGUAUGAUAAAAAAUCGAGAGUCUGCUUGUCAGUCACGCAAGAAGAAGAAAGAGUAUAUGCUUGGGUUAGAGGCAAGGUUAAAGGCUGCCCUUUCAGAGAACGAGCAGCUGAAGAAAGAGAAUGGGUCACUGAAGCAGCAGCUGGAUGAGGUUGUGUCCGAGAACCAGAGGCUUAAAGUCCCUAGUCCAAAGCGGAGAGCUGUCUGUGUGAUCAUGAUAUUGGCAUUCAUAAUGCUGAAUUAUGGACCCAUGAGCCUCCUGGAACAGGAUUCCAGGAGAACAAAACCCAGUGUGAACCCUGCAAAUCAAAGGAGACAUCUUUUAGAAUUUUCUGCUAAAGACGUUCAAGACACAUCAGAUGGUGGCAUCCAGAAGAACAGCUACAGAUACGAUCAAUCUGUUUCAGACGACAAAGCCCUAAUGGUGCUAAGUGAAGAACCACUACUUUAUAUUCCUCCUCCUCCAUGUCAACCCCUGAUUAACACAACAGAAUCUCUCAGGUUGAAUCAUGAACUUCGAGGUUGGGUUCAUAGACACGAAGUGGAAAGGACCAAGUCAAGAAGAAUGACAAAUAAUCAACAGAAAACCCAUAUUCUUCAGGGUGCUUUGGAACAGGGCUCAAAUUCUCAGCUGAUGGCUGUCCAGUACACAGAAACCACAAGUAUCAGUAGAAACUCCGGGAGUGAGCUGCAAGUGUAUUAUGCUUCACCCAGAAGUUAUCAAGACUUCUUUGAAGCUAUCCGCAGAAGGGGAGACACAUUUUAUGUUGUAUCAUUUCGAAGGGAUCACCUACUGUUACCAGCUACCACCCAUAACAAGACUACAAGACCAAAAAUGUCGAUUGUAUUGCCAGCAAUAAACAUAAAUGAUAAUGUGAUUAAUGGGCAGGAUUACGAAGUGAUGAUGCAGAUUGACUGUCAGGUGAUGGACACCAGGAUCCUCCAUAUCAAAAGCUCCUCAGUUCCUCCUUACCUCCGAGAUCAGCAGAGGAACCAAACCAACACCUUCUUUGGUUCCCCUCCAGCAGCCACGGAGACAACCCAUGUCGUCAGCACCAUCCCUGAGUCAUUACAGUAGGACCCCGCAGCUACACAGGAAAGCCAAGAGUGGGCCCCUGCCAACCCCAAGAGCUGGGAAGGAGUGCUGCUCGCUGCCUCUGGGUAGCAAGCCAGGUAGCAACUGCCUCGCACUCAGCUCAGAGAGAACAAGCAGCUGCUCCUUUCUUCACCAUCUACCCAUCUAUGUGGAAGGUGCUGAAAUUUACAUGCUAGAGAAUGUUUCUCUAGUUGCAGAUGCAGCCUCCAUCUUCUAUGUUAUCUGCUGUAGGUUUUUGUUUUGUUUUGUUUUGUUUUGUUUUUUUUGCCAUACCUCUCUUAACUUGGUUUCCUGCUGUGUUUGUUUAAAUAGUCAUGUUCUUUCAAAUAAGAUCCAUUUUCUCAUUUGUCCAUUUUA